AUGACUGACGGCGUCAAUGCGGGAGAGAAACUUCCAUCCCAGGAGGACGUCAUGACUCGCAGGGGCGCCUUUGUCGUGGAACCAGUCACUUUUGGUCUAUACGUGGAUGACUCUAAAGUAUCCUGGGACUUCGCUCCUUGUCCUCGGUCAUCGAGAGACGCAAAGGCCGAGCCCAUUGGGGUCCUCCCCUUGGCUACACAAGAGUACAAGCUGCUCGAAGACUUGUUGUUUAUAAUGCUGGGUGUCGAUGCUAUUUAUAUCCGGGCUCAGCCGCUGCAGAGUCCAUACGCAGAGCGUAGCUUCACGAUCGACGAAUCGGCAGACACAUCCCUGAAGGAAAUGGUGAAGAAGAUUCUGCCCGUCUGUAGCUACCACUCAACAGUGGUCCGGUUUAUAGAAGAGAAGCAAGAGCGCGGCCAGGGCAUGGUGAACCAGGCUGUGGCGGCUUGUAUGCGCGAGCUGCUGGAGGAUUACACCAUCCUGAUCACCCAGUUAGAGCACAAGCUGGUCAGCCAGGGUGCAUUGACCCUGCACAAGUGCUUGUUCUAUGUCCAGCCUUGCUUGGCCUACAUGGCAGUUUUGGCCACAUGCGCUCAGGCCAUCUGGGAGGGCAAGUGUUAUGGAGGCAGUACACUGGGUACCUUGCACAAGCGAGCCACUUCACUAACCGGUGACACCAAGGCAAAGGACAUCUGCCUAUAUCUAGCCAAAGCGGCAUCUGUACCAUACUUCAAGAUGCUGGAGGGCUGGGUGUACAGGGGGCGCAUCAACGACCCAUUUAAGGAGUUCCUAGUUAGGGACAAGGUUCUCGUGAAGAAGGAAGACAUGUCCAUCGACAACACUGACAACUACUGGAACAGCCGGUACGCUCUGCGGCCAGAGAUGACUCCAGACUUCCUGAGGCCACUGGAGGAUCGCAUUCUCACGACGGGAAAAUACCAGAAUGUAAUUCUGCAAUGCGGCCAGAGAACAGCAUUGUGUGCGAGUGAUGAGCAGCUCCGGUACUCGCUGGACGAGCGUGACUACACCGAGAAGAUCGACAAAGUGUAUCACAAAGCAAGCCGCGUGCUUCUCAACCUCCUUAUGGACAAGGCGGACCUGAUGGGACGCCUCAGGUCAGUGAAGCACUUCCUCCUGAUGGAUCAGGGUGACUUUGUGGUCCAGUUCAUGGACAUGGCGGAGGAGGAGCUCUGCCAGAAUAUCGAUGACAUCGUUCCCACCCGCCUGGAGGGGCUGCUGCAGGUGGCCCUCUCCACCAGCUCGGUUAGCAACGAUCAGUACAAAGAGUGCGUCAAGCACCAGAUCCUGGAGAGUAGCCUUGCCUCCCAGAUUGAGAAGCUGAUGGGCAACUCGCCUGACAAGAAUGCUUCGACCGGUGUGGUGUUCGGGCAUGAGGCGUUCACGCUGAGCUACGAUGUUGAGUGGCCCCUCAACCUCGUCCUCACCAGUUCGAGUCUGGGUGCACGACAAAGCAACAAAGCGGCGGUCAGCUUCGUACUUGGUAGUGGCAUUCGGGCUGCGCCAGCGAAUGAUGCACUUCGUGAAGAACCUGCAGUAUUUCGUCACCGUUGAUGUCAUCGAACCCAGCUGGCACGUAUUUCAGGAUCGUAUGCAAAAGGUCCAGACGAUAGACGAGGUGCUCGAGCUACACACGGACCUGAUAGACUCGUUUGUCAACCUCUGCAUGCUGACCAACCACCAGGUCUUCAAGCUCAUUCACAAAUUGUUGCAGGAGUGCCUUCGGUUUGCCUCCUUCAUGGUGAGUGAUAAAAAGGAGGAAGAUUUCGAGGAGCAAGUGAACCGCUUCCAGCGGAAGUUCCACCACCAACUGAGUGCUCUGCGUAAAAAGCUGCUUGAAGGAGGUGCCACAUCAUCUCGGGCGAGCCUCGAGAUCAAUCUUGCAGAGAUGCUGUAUCGGAUCGAUUUCAACCGCUUCUAUUCGAGUACUACGCAGUAACCGAGUGGGGCCUGCAGGAACCUCGACACUUUUACGGCAGGCAGCAGCGUGAACGAAAGGCGCUCUACGUGCUUCACAUGUAAACUUUGUACCAUUGCGCUCCACCAUGCCGGCUUUUCUUUGAUGUGAAGACUGCUACUUAACUGCCGUUUACUCUUAACUCCCACGAGUUCAUUGGCGCUGCCGCGCUACUGAUGGACGGGCUUGCGCUUUCAUUUUCGCUGCUUGAGCAAGUAGCAUCGUCAGCUGCGGGGAAAUUAACGAGCACUCGGCAUUGAAGCACUCCUUGAGGUGACCGCAAUGUUUGUUUCGUCGAAUAUGGUGGUGAAAAACUGAGAGCGCAUGCAAUUGCUGGUCGAUCGCAGUGUGCAAGCCGAAGCAGUAUGCCUCGCCGUGAUAAACCAGCGAUUGUACUGCUAGGGAAUGCAUCGUGUGUUCUACUUCUCUACCUUCUUGCAUUUUCGUUUACCGAUGCAGUAUGAUGGUUUUUGUUGCUAUCCGAUGUCUGUCACUGGCCCCAUACAACGACAGCACGAAAGCAGUUGGCUGUGUGUAAACUGGUAUAUAUCGUGCCAUGGGAGGAAGGUUUAGUAAAACAUUAGUGCACACGAAUUUGUCAUUGCGGGAUUUAGUGUGCAUUUUGUACUGCAUUUAUCGUCCUUUUUUUUUCUUUCCUGUUACAUUUAAAUUCCACUGUGUGUACAACUUCAAAGCUUUAGUUUGGAUAUCUCUACAUGUUAGUGCAUAAAGCUUAAGUGGUGCCAUUGUAAAUGAAGUGGUGCCAUUGUAGUUGCGCACAUUGAAGUGCCAUUGAAUGGAGAAGCACUAGGCUGUGUAACAUUGGGCUGCCCCCAAACUUGUUACAUGAGCUUGUCGGCUGAUCGGAUUUCAACUUCGGAGCACCUGGUGUUUUUCUCUCAAUUUGCUCGCACCAGUAAUAACUAUUUUAGUGAAACAUACACCGCUUAAAAUGAGGUUGUGCACGUAUUUAGUGUUUCCAGGAUCGUUCGAAACUGAUGAAAUUACCUUUUAUUGGUUAAUGCUCAGCAGCAAUAAGGUCUUAACAAUUAUUAAAAAUUGGUCACUUGGCUCUUGUAGGCAUGUGCUUUGUUGUUACCGUGCUGCAUUGUUAGCUGCGCAUCUGUGGCCGGUAGUCACUAGUGCCAAAGAAAGUGGGUUGCCAUAUUUUGGCCACAGGUUUUAAAUUUCUUUAGUCGGUUUUACUGAACUUACAAUGGGCUUUUGAUAAUCACUCUGCCCACUACCUAUUCUGUUUAUAACUCUCAGGUUUAUUUUGACAUCCGUUUUUUAUUCUGCUUAGGCCAUAAAAAAAAUCGUCCAUGGAAGAAAGCAUAACUAAAUCUUGUUGGGAAGCCUGCUUGAGAGGUGGAUUUUACUCAUAAAACAGUUUGCGAUACUCUGUGCUCAAAGCAUUCACAAACUUUCCUAAUAUAUAUAAAAAAACCACCUGAGGGCAUUAGUUAGUUGUAUAAUACAUCAAUGACAAGUUGUAACUGGCACAUUUUAUAGCUAAGCAAAAAUUUCUGGUUCAUUUCAUUUCAUCAUUUCAGGUUCAUCAUAUUUUGGAUUCUUGUGAAAAUGGGGCUGCAGGUGUUCACUCUACUACAGCUGAUCUCUCAGGCCUUCAUUUUUCUAUAACCUCGGUAAAACUUGACAUCUAAUCAUUCGAGCAAAGGAAGGUGAUAGUGGUAUGACAUGAAUUGAUCAGUGGUCUUAAAAACUGACAUCAGUUUUUGACUGUCUCAAAAGUUUGCUUGAAUAGGAUUCGAUUUCUUUUUUUAUCUGUGUCCUGCAGUGUGGGAUGGAUACCAUUUGGAAUAAUGUUAAGUGAAAUGGGGUUUUGUUUUGUAACACAAUUGCAUAGUUACAGUGCUAGCCCAAGAGUUAAGCUUGUUAAGAAGUUGACUGUAGUAAUUCGUAAUGAAAGUUACAGCCACAGCAUCUGGUUAUCGUGUCGCUAUAUUCAUCCUGAAUUGCACUGAACGUGCUGUGCUGUAGUGGGUUACUUUGUCACUUGUGCCAGGAAAGGCAAAGCCUGUCGAAAAAGUCUUGUCACAAAUGAGAAACUGUCAUGCACUUAAGGCUACACAUUAGAAAUUUGGCAGGCACACAUUAUUGUGCAUUCUUCCACAGGCAAUGCUUGUAACGACUUGUUCAGAAUGCAAAAUGAUUGGCCUAUGUUUUGGACAUAAUAGCAGCAAUAGGAAAUGAUAUUACUGUUUGUUGACUUCACCCCUGUUACCGAUGUUGUCUUUUUUGCAUAUCAGUGCGUGCCAUCAUGACCAGUUGUCUACCUGUAGGCUUUUCUGGUAGAGGCAGACAGUUUGUUUGCUAGUGAUAAUGUUUUAGUGGGUGUUUGAGGCUCACGCCUACGCAUUUGAUCUCGUUACCUUUGGGUGGAGUUGGAACAGUUGGAAGGAAUGUGCACUGUCUGGUACUACCAAGUGGGCAUUUGAGUGUACGGGUCAGUUUGAUCCCUUUAUUACAAUAAACAGAUUGGAAUGAU